GGGAGUUACUUGGAUGAGAGACGAAAGACGACGGAGCUGUCAAACACCAACAAUCGACUGAAAUAUUAUCCCGGGCGGUACAAAAACACGGUCAUUUGGUCAUUUGUGGAUACAAGGACAACAUAAGCAGUCUCUGAAUUGAUUGUGACACUUGAGCCUUUGGGAAUUUGGACUUUUCAACCGUCGCGACGAGAAACUUCUUGUUUGUGUGUGUUUGCAGGAUCCAGGGGCUAAUGUCUGUUAGCUCUCUGCUCAGCUCCAGUUUUGUUGACAAACUAGCCCGUCCGCUAGUCACGAAGCUAGCCUCGGUUCCAACCCUGCUGUUUUGGCGUUAAUUGGACGUUUUCUUCAAAUGGCACCUGGUAAAAGACACGAAAACGAGUUUGCACUGUUACUGCAAACACCUCUAUGAAAUAAAAACAGGUCUCCAGGGAUACAACAUACCUCUGUCAAACAUGUGAAAUCCUUAUCUGGUUGAAGUUCUCAGUUACAAGCAGUGAUGAUUUGGAUUACUUGGAAAAUUCUUGGGUUCAGAUUCAGAAACAGAAGUCUAUAAAAACACCCAUAAUACCCUCACUGGUACCACCGUCAUUCACGUCACCAUGGAACGGAAUAAACGCAACUCAAUUGCUGGGUUUCCUACACGACCUGAACGCCUCAAUGAGGACAGAGAUGAUAUCGGAGGGGUAGGAGUGUGUGAGAUGGGAAUGGCUCCACCUUUGCAGGUGUCUUCCCCAUCAUCCUACCGAGCCCUCAUCAGUGCCUUCUCCUGUCUUACACGCCUUGAUGACUUCUCCCGCGAGUGGAUUGGCUCAGGAUUUUUCUCUGAUGUAUUCAGGGUACGUCAUCGAGCUUCAGACCAAGUUAUGGCUCUGAAGAUGAACAAGCUCAGCAGUAACAGGGCUAAUAUGUUGAGAGAAGUCCAGCUAAUGAACCGGCUUAAUCAUCCAAACAUACUCAGGUUUAAAGGAGUUUGUGUCCAUGAGGGCCAGCUUCAUGCUCUCACAGAGUACAUCAAUGGUGGGAACCUGGAACAACUUCUGGACAGCAACAAACACCUGAGCUGGCCAACCAGGGUGAAAUUUGCCUGUGAUAUCGCCAGCGGUCUGGCCUACUUGCACUCUAAAGGCAUAUUCCACCGGGACCUCACCUCCAAGAACUGCCUGAUCAAGAGUGAUGACGGCAUGUACACAGCAGUGGUGGGAGACUUUGGCCUGGCAGAAAAGAUCCCUACCAAUCUCGCUGAAGGAGAGAAGCUUUCGGUGGUUGGGUCUCCUUUCUGGAUGGCUCCGGAGGUGCUGAGAGAUGAACCCUACAAUGAGAAGGCCGACGUGUUCUCCUAUGGAAUAAUCCUGUGUGAAAUCAUCGCAAGGAUUCAGGCCGACCCCGACUUCCUUCCCCGCACAGAGAACUUCGGCCUGGACUAUCACACGUUCCAGCACAUGGUUGGAGACUGUCCGCCUGACUUCCUCCAGCUGGCCUUUAACUGCUGCAAUAUGGAUCCUAAACUCCGUCCAUCCUUCUCAGACCUCGUCAGGCACCUCGAGGAGAUUUUCGCACGCCUUAAAGUUGAAGAUAUGGAGCACGAGUGUGUCCCGCUCACUGGGGACAAUGACAAGAAAACCAUAGCCAAAGGGGAGAAGAUCCAAGGCUUCAAGCGAGGGAAUCCUCUUGGUUUCCAAAACGAUAAAAUCCCUCCUAAAUCACCCCGCCCCAGACGAAACAUCUGGCUCAGCCGCAGCCAAUCGGACGUCUUCUCCUGCAAGCCAGGAAGAAAAGUCAAUGUCCAGGACCCUUACUAUAACCCCCCUACUGCCAAGAGAGCCUCCAAAGCCCGCAAGAUCAACCCUUUUACAGCCCGAGAAGAUCUGUGCGGUGGGAAGAUUAAGUUUUACGAUGUGCCCAGCAAGUCCGUCUUCUCCCUGGUGUUUGACCUCCACUCGCCACCUGGAAGUGUGUUCAGUAACCAACCAUGCGCUCUCGGGCCCGGAGGAGCCCAACAAGAGGUGUCUUAUUACUGGCAGCAGCUGCCGGGAAGACAGUGUCACUCCUUACCGGUAUCGCCCCAGCUUCCUCGCUCUGAGAUCUUCCACCUCGCCGCUGCUGUUAGCACCAACAACGGUUCUGUUAACUGUAACUCCAGUCAGCUGUCCACAACUCUUCCAGGUACUAACUCACGGUCUGAUGCAGGCCAAAUGGGAAAUGACAUCCGGCAAAAGGUGGCGCUGAGCAGCUGGGCGAAGAAAUAUGUUGUGGUUGAAAUCCCACCCUACUGCGGGCAGAGAAGAGGGGAGGACGACGGGGAGGUAGAGGGAAGUAAGGAGGACUCGUUAGGGGAGAGCUGGUCUCCGAUGAUCCCCAGCAGUGAGAGAGACAGUGGUGAGGCCAUGGACUGCUCGAGCAGCCCGGAGGACGAGCAGGAAUGGGAACGGGGGACAAACACAUGCCCAAUGUAAUGCACCCGCGCAAAAUGCGUCAACACACUGAGGUGGUGGAAAAGAAAGCGGGGAGGACUCUGACUCCACAGAGGCAGCCGAAAACGGCUUUUAAAAGUAGACUGGACACAUUUCAAAUUUCUUUGGAGAAUAAAAGAUAAAAGGAAAAAUCACUUGAUUGUGAUCUUUCAAGUGAAUGUAUCACCUGUUGACUCAAUCAAGCACACUUGAUUUGGAUAAAUAAUUAUUGUUCAAAGUUUCCACCCAGGUGUGAAAGUCAACAAUAGCACAAAAAGCUUUUUAUCAACACAACGGACCCUCUGCAUAGAGAUUAUUUUUCUGAAAAGGUUGUUUAUAUUUAAUAUUGAUGAGAUGUAGAUUUUUUUUUCUUUUUCCUCUAGUCAGUGUUUUGUCUAUGAGGAGAGGUAUUGAAGAGCCAUUGUGUUGUGUUUAGGUUUUGAUACUUUUUGUGUUCAUUGAGAAACAAAUGCUUAUACUGAAUCAAAAACCCCCGCAUCAGAUUUACAAGACCGUACGCUGAUAUUCAGAUGAGAACGUGCCUAAAAGCACUCACGAGACAGAUGUUUAAUCUCUCCCCCAGGAGAAAAGGGUGACAGAGUUAAGGGUUUGUCAGUGAUUUCUCUGUGAAAUUGGGAAAAGGGUGGUUCCUCACUGCUCAUUCCUGCCAAUUUAAAAAAAACAACCUGGUGUCAGGCGACUGAAAUCUUUAAGGAGCAUUUCUUGUUCUUUUGACAUUUUUUAGCCCGCUAACUUAAAAGAACAGAAAAAAGAGGAGAGAUAAACUAGUCAAACGAAAGCCAGCCAGUCUAAGCAUUUUUUAUUUCUACCCUCUGUAGGCAAACAUAGAUAUUGUAAUAAAUGUCUUGUACAUUUCUGGACUUAAAAGUUGCUGUCAGGCCAGAUUUCCAAAACAGUCCCUCCAAAAAAGAAGCAAGCCAAAACACAAGUUAUUUACUUGGAUGUGUUCCAACUCAAGACAAGUUUAAAGCCACACAAUGCAAAUUUUAAAGAGCAAAAUUUAAAUAAAAAGCCAAAUCUGAGAUCAUACCACCACAAAGACUGAAAAUCCUUCCAUGCUAUGCACUGAAUUAUCCCUGGAUUCAGAAGGAUAUCUGGAUCUAGCUUCAUAUACAUCUCAAAAAUAUAUCACAACUCUGUCUCCCAGUUUUGAUCAUGUAAAGUUUUGAUGCAAAGUUUCCAGUUUUUCGCCAUCUCUCGCUCUAGAUUUGUAUGAACUCCAAAAAUGAAUCACUCCUGAGUUUGCCAGGUCUCACCACUGAUUUAAAAAAAAAAAAGAAGGGAAAAAAGAAGAUAAAAAUAAUAAUAUUAAAUAAUCCGUCCAUAAUAUUUGAGUGCUUCUACUAGCAGACGAACCAUCCAGUGUGUGACGGGUUUGAAGUAACCUUCAAGUAACCUGCUUCCCACUUUACUCUUCUGAUUAAGUAUUACAGGAUGAAGCUACUGAAGCAUAAUUAAAUCCACUUUAAGGUUGAUAAUUGUAGCAAAUGUUGGUAAACUAUAGAAAAACGAGUCUUACGUCACACUUAUAAAAAAACAGGAUUACUGUAAGUCAUACAAACAGUGUUAUCAAACAGUCCUUACAGAUUUGUGCGUUGUCAGAAACUUUUCAUGGUGGUAUUGUUUUAACAUUGCUGAUACUGGAAUCACUUUACUUAAAGGACUCAGUUGAUGAUUGGGUUUAAAUAUGUUUUCCAGUUUAACGUCAUAACCUGGAGUUUCAAAGUCUUUCAUGGUGACUUUCUGCUCUAGUGGAGGGAAAACAUUUAGGCAACAGGAAGUGCCGCAAAUAAAUGCAGUUGUUAUUUGGUAAAACUGAAUAAUUACAGCGUACAGUACAGAUUUUUUUUUAAAGCUGCUAACAUUUGGUUCGGUUUGUUUAAUGAACUAUGAGACCCUGUGACUUGUUGUACUUUACACUCCACUGAAUGUCUGAUUUGAAUCAGUCGUCUUUAGUUUUUCCAUCUCCACUUUAAUGAGUAUUAAAAUCCUUGUAAACGUCUAUCCGAACAGCUCUCAGUGUAAAAACUAAAUGCUCAUAAAGAUUAGAUUCAUAGUGUUGAACAUCAACGCCGGUAUUUUUUCCUUCGUGUGGCUUUUGUUGCAUUCUGCUGAUCUCAGUCUGAUCCCUCUAAUAAGAACUAAAAUGCACACGUAGAGUGAUAUAUACAGUCCUGUCCUAUCACUACUCCUCUAUGCAACUUUUAGCACAGUUUUACAGGAUAAAAGAUCUAAUUUCAUAUUUAUAUUGAAAAAAAGUAAUGUCUUACCUUUGUAUAUUUGUGUAAAAUGUUUGUGGUACUUGCCUUGUCGAAUACAGAUUAAGAUGUUUUUUGUUUUUCUGAUUGAA